CGACCCCCGCCCCUUGGCCUCCGCUCUUCUUCUUCUCCGUCUCCUUUUCCUUCUUCACCACCGAGGAAAUGUCGCUCCUUCACUCUCUCUCGCACUCAUCCUCUCUCUUCAGUCUUCACCACCGCCACCGUCACCGGCGUCGCUCCACCGCCCGCCUCGACCGCCUCCUCCUGCCGCCCUCCGCCGCCGCCGCCUCCUGCCGCGGCGGCCACCCGCGAGCCCUCCCGUCGUCGGAGCAGGAGUUCCUGGAGUCCAUCGCCGACUCCGACGAGAGGCUGCUGCCCUGCGUCAGGACGUACGAGAACGACGCCGCUCGGCUCGGCCUCGUCGGAGCCGUCGACUUCGGGCAGGCCCUGACCGCGGCCGCGGCCGACGGCGGCGAGGCCGCCCGGGAGCACGUCGAGUCCGGCGCGCGCGCGAUGGUGGUCGAGACCGUGUAUCCUGGAGGCGCUGAUGGCCGGAGCACCGUCUCGACGCGAUUGUUUCUGCCGGCCAGGAAAGUUAAAGAGAAGGCACGCAAACUUAAAAUUACCAAAGACAUGCUGGGCAGCCCAACAUCAAGCAACAUACUUGCCAUGACAUUUAGACAAGUAGUUGUGCAGCAGCUUUGGAAUUUUCAACUAGUAUUGUUUCAUCCUGGAGCUGAGCGAAAUAUGGAAGAUCUUGAAAGCCACAGAGAGGUCCCUGUGUCCUUUGCCCUCAGCUCAUCGGAUGAACAAGUCAUUUCUAUGCUUGCUGAAGUUGUUUGUACAUCUGCUCUUCAAAGUACUGAACAACUUGUACUUGAUAAUGCACAUGGUGAAAUUUUUAGUGCUGUCUCGCGAUGGUUUAGGAAACCCAGAAGGUUUUCUUCAAAGGAUUCUUCAGUUAUUUUGUGGAAGUUAUUUGAAAAUGAGAUGGUUGAAAAUGCCACAAUUUUGUUGGAACAAUUUAGCGCGAGCAAGGGAAAGAUUCGGCUUCGUAAACCAGGAUCAAAGUUCUUUGGGUGGACACGGGCCAUGCAGUCUAAACUGGAGAAGAUUGGUGGUCCUGACUUCUGUGCUUGGUUAAGUGAAUAUGUACCUGCCUACCGGCUUCAAGUUGAUACUCAAAAGCUGCAGGAUCUGAAAUUAGAUGGCUGGAGACAACUCGACGAGAGUAUGCAAGAGGUUCUUUUGACCCAGUCCCAGAUGGCUGGAUUGGCUGACAUACUAGAUUUGUUCUAUGAAGACGUUUAUACACUGCCCACGAAAGAGCUUUCAUGUGACAUGGUCGUGAAUCCUACCAUCUUGUCCAAUGAAAAGUGGAGCUCAUCCUUAUUAAAGAUGCUAUCUCUUGCCUCUGUUGGUGUGAUUUUUGCCGUUGCUCUCAAAGCUUCUGGUCAUUGGUUUUUGCCUCAGUUUGCCAAGGACAAGAGAUACCUGGAUGGACAUGAAACUCCUCCAUCUGAAAUCGACAGUUUGCAUGAUGAGCCGUCUGAUCAAGCAAAAGUAUAGCCUGAAGAUGGCAACAGGAUUCCAUCCACCAUGAGUACUUAUGGGAUCGGUGCCCGUCUUGGUCCCAUGCCAAGGAGACAUCGGUUAGUAUCCCAUGAAGUCACUAAAAUCAUCUAGCAGAGAGAUGCAUCAUCAGUAUCUGAAGCUGCCAUUUUAGUAAUUAGGCCGUGAAGAUAGGAUCAAACCAUGAGAAUUGUUUUUGGCCUAAAGUUUUAUGCAGGGUUCUCGGGUUUGUGUUUUUUCACUCUCUUCUAAAAUUUGUUUAGAAGUACAGAAACAGUGUAUUUCUGCAGCUUGGCUAUCUUGAUUUUGUGACUACUGAUAGUCCAAGUGUUUUGCCUGCUCUCCUGUGUGAGAGUAUGGAGUUUUUUGGUUCACAAAUGAAGCAGGCUGGAAAGUAAAUAAAGUUCUAAUAGCACUUUGCAAUUGUUUCUUA